AAUGAACGUUGCUCUACGUAUUGCUCCACUUAACAUAGUUUAUGUAUCUAUUAUCAAUUGAAAAAGAAGGAUGGCGUCAGGCCUAAGGAAACGCACUAAGAAGGCCGACGAUAACUCGGUGGUUGCAACAGCUGCCGACGUAAGCAAGAUGAAAGUAGCUGAAUUGAAGGCAGAGCUUGGGAAACGAGGUCUCGACAAGAGCGGAAAGAAGGCUGAUCUAGUAGAAAAGUUGAAAGACGCGAUGGGAGAUGCAACAGAUUCUUCUGAAAAACCUCUAGCUAAACAAAACAAAUCAAAGGAGAAAGACAAGCAAGCGGUGAGGCAGCAGUUCAGGUUAGCUGCUUUAGAUGAAACAGAUGCCCCUAAGAAGGUUCGCCCAUGCAAGCUUGACAAGCAGACUCAAAGUCUUAUCAAGUUGAUCUUUGAUCAUGACAUGUUUAAAGAGGCUAUGGAGAAAAUGGAACUUGAUACUAAGAAAAUGCCUCUGGGAAAGAUUAGCAAAUCACAGAUUGCAAAGGGCUUUGAGGUUCUUGAAGAAAUGCAAACAGAAUUGAAAAAGAUGAAGCCAUCAGGCGAUCGUUUGAAGGAGCUGUCUUCUCGCUUCUACACACUUAUUCCUCAUAGUUUUGGUAGACAAUGUUCACCAACAAUUAGCACUGAGGAAGGUGUUCGCUAUAAGAUGGACAUGCUCUUGGUUCUUGCAGACAUUGAAUUGGCACAGGAGCUGGAGUCUGAAAGUGAAAAGAAGAAAGCAUCUCAGGGUGAGGAAGUGGAUCAUCCAAUUGAUAUUAAUUAUGGUUUGUUGAAAUGUCAUCUCAAGCAUGUUGAUCCAGAAUCUCAUACAUACAAGUUUAUCAAGAAUUACACAACUGCUACUGGUCCAUCUUUGUGGCGUACAGUGGAGAUACAAGAUAUAUUUGAAGUGGAUAGAGAGGGCUCUGCUGAGCGUUUUAAGGCUUAUGAGGCUCUUGAGAAUCACCGCUUGUUAUGGUAUGGCACAAAUGUUGCUGUAGUUGCUGCUAUACUUAAAGGAGGGCUUCGAAUCAUGCCACAUUGUGGAGGCAGAGUUGGAAAGGGAAUUUACUUUGCUUCAGAAAACAGCAAAUCAGCUGGUUAUGUCCGCACUGCUGCCAAGACUGGCAUCAUGUUCCUUGCUCAGGUUGCACUUGGUAAAGAGCAUUCUAUUACAAUGGACGAUUGGACGCUUACUGCACCUCCUUCUGGGUUUGACUCAAUUGUUGCUCGUGGACGAACUGAACCCGCUCCUACCAGAGACAUCUUAGUGAAGCUCGAAGGCAAGGAUGUGACUGUCCCACAGGGCAAACCUCUUGAUCAACCUCAUUACAGCACAAGCAACUUUAGUCAAAGCGAGUACCUCAUAUACAAUGAGAGUCAGUGUUGCAUCCGCUAUCUUCUCAAACUCAAAAUGUGAUGUCAAACAAUUAAUUAAACAUUACGUAUUCUGAUACUGUAAUUAUAAACUAGUAAUGUUUUUGGUAUUUGUUAUGGUCUACCAGACUUCAUGCACGAGUUGCUUUGUUGCUGUUGAAUUUACUGUUUCAUAAUUGCCGAGCGUAGCGAGGCUUCUAAUCCGGGUUGCACAACAGAAA